GUGCUGAGUGAAGCAGUGGCUUUAUGUGCUCCAACCCUCGAACUUUCUAACGAUGUCUAACGAGACUACUCUACCCUAAAAUUAAAUGAUGAUCCUAAUUUAACCGCGCAUUUUUAAAAACAACUCAUUGUAGUAAGACCAAAGAACAAACAUCUCUGUUUGACGCGCAGAGAUAUCUUGUGACACUUAGAGCAGUUUGACAGUUCGUUGACGUCUACACUAUUGUAGGUGGUGUAGGAAUAAUAAAUGUAAACAUUUGUUCAAGAACCAUCAUGUCCCAAACCGUACCCCUUAUUUUAAAUGAUAUUGAACAAGGCGGUAAAGAAUACGAAGACGGAAUUGAAAACGACUUCGCUUACCGGAACAAUGUUGUCCAAGCGACAAAGUCGAUUCGUUUGGCCUUUUUACGCAAAGUGUAUGGACUGCUCACAAUGCAAAUAUUUUUAACUGUAAUUGUGGCAAGUAUUUGCAUGUUCACACCCCCAAUAAAGUCUUUUGUUCACAACAAUGACUGGAUGUUAAUGGUAACAUUUAUUGGAAGCAUUGCUCUAUUAAUUGGCCUCCAUGUUAAACGCAGAGAGUCUCCCACAAAUUUGAUUCUUCUCGCAGCCUUUACGAUUAUUCAGGCUUAUACAGUAGGAGUUGUAGUGACAUUCUAUUCAAAAACAGUGGUCUUGGAAGCCCUUCUCUUAACAUUGGUUGUGCUUGCUGGUUUAACUUUGUAUACGUUCCAGACUAAACAUGAUUUCUCUACAAUGUAUUCAGGAUUAUUCGCCGGACUCUGUGUUUUAAUUAUUGGAGGAUUCAUGCAGAUUUUUUUGCAGUCGCCUGUGUUUGAGAUCUUAAUUGCAUUUGGUGGGGCAUUUCUGUUUUGCCUUUUUAUUAUUGUGGACACCAAAUUGAUCAUGGAAACUCUUUCACCUGAGGAGUAUAUUUUAGCAACCAUCAAUUUAUAUUUGGAUAUAAUCAAUUUAUUUCUUUAUAUAUUGCGUAUUUUGCAAGCCGUUAAUAGGCAGUAAACUGUUUAAAAUAUUUCCUUAAAUUAUAUGUAAUUGGUGUGAUAUGCGGCGGUCCUUUUUCACCUUCAAAACUACCACAUGAUGUAUGAUGUUACCGUUUUAUUGAAAUUAAAAUGUUGGGUCUUG